GUGGCUUCGCGCGUGCGCACUGUAGACAGACUCCGCUGUGGGUCCGGUAACUUUAUCCCUGAAACAUGAGCAAAAUAUUAGCGUUUUUCGCUAUAACACUGACAGUGUUUAGUACCGACGUGCUGCACGGUCUACCAAACACUUCCCAGUUCAGAAACCAUCAUGGUUUCCAGGCAGGUCCCCAGUUCACAGAGAAAUACUUCACUCAGACUUUGGACCACUUCAACUUUAACAGCAUGGGGAAUGGGACCUUCAGCCAGCGUUACCUGAUCACAGAUCAGUACUGGAAAAAAGGCUACGGCCCCGUGUUCUUCUACACUGGCAAUGAGGGAAACAUCUGGGAGUUUGCCCUGAACUCUGGGUUCAUCACGGAGCUAGCUGCUCAGCAGAAGGCGCUGGUCAUAUUUGCUGAACAUAGGUACUACGGCAAAUCUCUUCCGUUUGGCAAAGACUCCUUCAACAUCCCUCAGGUCAGUCUCCUGACGGUGGAGCAGGCCCUCGCCGACUAUGCUGUCAUGAUCACUGAGCUGAAACGUCAACUGGCAGCUGCUGACUGUCCCGUCAUCGUGUUUGGUGGCAGUUACGGUGGAAUGCUGUCGGUCUAUAUGAGACUCAAGUACCCAAACAUCGUGGCUGGGGCUCUGGCAGCCAGUGCCCCCAUCCUGUCUACUGCUGGGCUGGGAGACUCCAAGCAGUUUUUCCGAGACGUUACAUCUGAUUUUGAGAAUGUUGCCGUUGAAUGCAGAGAUGCAGUGAGAGGAGCUUUCCAUCAGCUCAGAGAAUUGGCUGAACGUGCUGAUUACAGCGGCAUCCAGUCAGGAUUUGCUCUGUGCAAGCCUCCGUCAUCCGCUCAGGACAUCCACCAGCUGAAUGGCCUGCUGAGGAACGCCUUCACUCUGAUGGCCAUGCUGGACUACCCUUACAGCACUCACUUCAUGGGCAACAUGCCCGCUAACCCCGUCAAGGUGGCCUGUGAAACCAUGCUCAGGGGAUCUGACCUGGUGGCUAACCUCAGGGACACUGCAGGCAUUGUGUACAACUCUACUGGGGUGCUGACCUGCUUUGACCUGUACAGCCUGUACUUGGAGUGUGCUGACCCCACUGGAUGCGGACUGGGCUUUGACAGCUUGGCCUGGGACUAUCAGGCAUGCACAGAGAUCGAUCUGUGCUAUGAGAGCAACAACGUGACAGACAUGUUUCCUCCCAUGGCCUUCACCGAGAAAGACCGUGAGCUGUACUGCUCCAAACGCUGGGGCGUGGUUCCACGGCCAGACUGGCUCAAAAUCCAAUUCUGGGGUGAUGCCCUCUCCACAGCCAGCAACAUUAUCUUCUCCAAUGGAGACCUAGACCCAUGGGCCAACGGAGGGGUGCGGAAAUCCUUAAGUUCAUCGCUGGUAGCCAUCAAUAUCUCUGGAGGGGCCCAUCAUUUGGACCUGAGAGGAUCUAAUGAUGCUGACCCAGUGUCGGUCAUCAACGCCAGGAAGAAAGAGGCAGAGCUCAUCGCACAGUGGGUGAAGAUGGAAAGGAGCAGAUUACGAAAGUCACUUUAAAGCACUACUUUGUAGUUUGUUUGAUGACUGAAAUCAAAUCAGAAAAUCACUUUCUGUUUGUAUAUGUGAGUAGGAGAAUUCAGAAUCACUUUAAACAUACGCCCAGGGUCAGGAUGGACGAUACUGGACUUCACCUGCGUUUCCCUGUUAAUCAUGAUUGUCCAAAGUGGGUGUUGGUAGUACACCUGUGAUCAAAAUGUGAAAUCAUGUCAGAUCAAAUCAAAUAAAAUCAAACUUUGUUUACAGA